CCUAGUGUGGUCUGUGUUGGGUUUAUUAUGAAAAUCUUUGCUGGAAACCCAUUUUUAACCCUAGAGCGUUUUCCGGAAGUCCUACGGAUAUGGUCAUUAAUUGUCAAAUACAAAGUUUGAGAGUAACAGAAAAAGUGUGAAGCACUCCAAUAUGUUGUGUUUUGUAGAUGUGAUUUGACAGGGACAUCAGGCAUCUUCAGACUACCCGUUCUCAAGUCACAGACUCCCUUUCUUAGAUUUUCCUGUAGCAUUGCAUUUGCCCUGGAACCGGAAAUUCAAUUUACAUUUUUUCACCUUCCACUUUCCAAGGAUGGCGGCAAAUGAGGGAGAUGAGGCUACUGUUUCUUUGGUAGAUGUUUUAGAAGAAGAUGAAGAGUUGGAGAAUGAGGCAUCAGCUGUUUUAGCUGGUAGUGAUUCUGAAAAGUGUUCCUAUCCUGAGGGCUAUGUGAAUCGACAAGCCCUCUAUGCCUGCAGCACCUGCACACCAAAGGGAGGCAAGCCAGCCGGUGUCUGUCUGGCUUGUUCUUACAAAUGCCAUGAAGGCCAUGACCUUUUUGAGCUCUACACCAAAAGGAAUUUCCGCUGUGACUGUGGAAACAGCAAGUUUGGGGCAAUGGAGUGCAAGCUAUACUCAGACAAGGAUCAGCUGAACACUGAGAAUAAAUAUAGCCACAAUUUCUUUGGUCUGUAUUGCACCUGUAACAGACCAUAUCCAGACCCGGAAGACACGGUUGAAGAUGAGAUGAUUCAGUGCAUUGUGUGUGAGGACUGGCUGCACGGCAGGCACUUAGGUUCCCCUGUGCCAGAAUCUGUGGAGCUUCAGGAGAUGGUGUGUGAGUCCUGCUUGAAUAAAGCUCCUUUCCUGAGGAUCUACGCUGCUCACCUGGCAGUGUCCACCACAACCAAAGCCAGUCCGUGCAAAGCAGAGGGAGAGGUAAAGAAAGAGGAGGGGGACUGUGAUGAGAGCAAGAACAUAACCGAGGAGGCCUCCACAAGCCUCAAUAACCAGAGUGAGAAGGCAAAUGCAAAUGGGGUGCCAAGCUGCAAAAGGAGGCACCAAGAGAUGGAGGGAGACUUGAAAUCCAGUCCACCCUUGGAGUGCAGGCUAAAGGAGUGGACGGCCUCAGAGACUGUAGAAUCUGGAGCUGUAUUCUGGCCCUCUGCCUGGAGGACCAAACUCUGUUCCUGUGUCAGCUGCAAGAAAUCCUAUAACGACGCCGGUGUGUCCUUCCUCCUGGAUGAGUCGGACACUGUCCUGGCCUACGAGAACAAAGGCAAGACCACCGAACAAGAGCAGGCUGGAGCCGCAGAGGGUCGCGACCCCCUGAUGUCUGCUCUCAACACCCUGGGCCGGGUUCAGCAGCUGGAGAUUAUCCAUGGGUACAAUGACAUGAAGACUGAGCUGAAGGAUUUCCUGCAGAGGUUUGCUGCAGAAGGAAAGGUGGUGACUCCUGAGGACAUCCGUCAGUUCUUUGAACAGCAGCAGAGCCGUAAGAGGCGACGGGCCAACGCGGGCCAGUAUUACUGCAGCUGAGCGGUCUCUUUCCCAUCUGGUCACAAUCUGUACCACAACUCCCCCUGUCUCUUCUCUCCCCAACACCUGUCAGUAUAGUUUUCCUCUUUUUCUUUUCUGCUGAAUGUCAUGGUCUCGCAUCCAAUCCAAUCCAUCUUCUUCUAGUCUAACAUUGUUUUAAACAGCUUAUGGUCUAUGAGCUUUGUUAUCUUGUCUGGGGCAGCAUGCCUUGAUGUACUCUACUCUGGGCACUGCCUUAAAAUUGCUAUGUGAUGUGAUUUGUCCAUUUGAGAUUAAGCUGGUUAAUGAACUGACAUUUGAUUGAUGUGGGUGACACUUAGGUUAACAUGUUAGUCUAUCAUAGUUCUCCCUCAAAAACCAUUUUUUGUUGAGAAUGGAUAGAAAGCCUUUAAAUUGCAGUCUGCCUUGCUAGCAACAUUGUUCCAGGCACAACAGGGAGAGUAAUGACCCCAGUUCUGUUUUAGUCACCCCUUGAACUUUCAUUUACCUUUUUAUUUUACUUCUAUAGAACUGCUCUUGAAAGUUAAUUCAAGAGAAAUGCCUUGUCUAUGGCCGCACCACAAAUCAAAACCGGGUCAAAGCCUUGUCUAGUUCACUGUUCCCACAUCAGGCUUUCUUUCUGCUCAGUCUUUUUGACAAUUUGUAAUUUGGUAUUUUUUGUGCCAGCUGUUAUAGAUGACAGAACUGAAUUGCAUGAAUACAGUACCCAUUAGUACAGUUUGUAUUUUAAAGGACCACAUUUAAUGUUAGUAUUGGAUUUUCUGUUCCUUUUUAAUGUUCACUCAUUGAAAAAUAAAGCUAUAAGUAGGCAAA